AUGCCGUUUCAGGCUGUUCGCCACCUGGGCUGGAAGCUGAUGCGCCGGCGGCCGCUGCAGCUGUCAGGCACCGAGAGCCCCCUGUCCCGCUGCCUCAACACCCUGGAUCUGGUGGCCUUGGGUGUGGGCAGCACACUAGGGGCCGGCGUGUACGUCCUGGCUGGGGAGGUGGCCCGGGAGAAAGCUGGACCUGCCAUUGUCAUCUGCUUCUUGGUGGCCGCACUGGCAUCCGUGCUGUCUGGACUCUGCUAUGCCGAGUUUGGGGCCCGCGUGCCGGGCUCCGGCUCCGCCUACCUCUACAGUUACGUAACCGUGGGCCAGCUGCUAGCCUUCAUCACAGGCUGGAACCUCAUUCUCUCCUACGUCAUAGGCGCGGCAGGCGUGGCCCGGGCCUGGAGCGCGGCCUUUGACGGCCUUACUGGGAACCACAUCUCUGAUGCCCUGGUCAGCAAGUUUCCUAUGUCGGCUCCGGGCAUCCUGGCCAAGUACCCAGACUUCUUUGCGCUGGGCCUGGUGGUGGUCCUCACUGGGCUGCUGGCGCUGGGGGUGCGGGAAUCGGCUCUGGUCACACGCCUGUUCACAGGGGUGAACCUGACUGUGCUGACAUUCAUCAUCCUCUCCGGCUUCCUGAAGGGCAACUUGCGCCACUGGAGGCUCACCAGCCAGGACUACAAGCAGGCAGAGGCGCGCAACAGCUCGUACAGCUUGGGGGACUUGGGCACGGGAGGAUUUGCGCCUUUCGGCCUGCCCGGCAUCCUCCGAGGUGCAGCCACCUGCUUCUUCGCCUUCAUUGGCUUUGACUGCAUUGCAACCACAGGGGAGGAGGCCCGCCACCCGCAGCGGUCCAUCCCGCUGGGCAUCGUGCUGUCGCUCUUCAUCUGCUUCCUCAUGUACUUCGGGGUCUCCGCAUCGCUCACUCUCAUGGUGCCUUACUACCAGGUCCACACUGAGAGCCCGCUGCCCUUCGCCUUUGUCUACGUGGGCUGGGCUCCAGCCCGCUUUGCAGUAGCGGUGGGCACCCUGUGUGCACUCACCUCCAGCUUGCUAGGCUCCAUGUUCCCGGUGCCCCGGGUGAUCUACGCCAUGGCGGAAGACCGGCUCCUGUUCGGCACGCUUGCCCGAGUCCACAGCCGGACGCACACCCCCAUCCUAGCCACUGUGAUAUCUGGGCUCAUUGCAGCAAUGAUGGCUUUCUUGGUGGAGCUCAGCGAUCUGGUGGACCUCACCUCUAUUGGGACCCUGCUGGCCUACUCCCUGGUGUCCUUCUCUGUGCUGGUCCUCAGGUACCAGCCGGACCAGAAGGCAAGUUCUGAGAAGCGAGAGAGGGACACCGUGGAGAUGAGGCCUGUGUCCCACACAGCCCCCCCAGAAGCAGCAUCAGGAGGUGGGAGUGGGGGGUGCAUGAGGCUCCUCAAGAGCCUGUGUCUCUCCUCGGACAACACCCCCACUCAGGCAUCCGGCCGCGUGGUCUACAUCUGUGCCUCACUGCUGGUUCUGUUGCUGACGACGCUGAGUCUGGUCCUGGCGCAGUGGCCCCAGCAGCUGUUCAAUGGGGACACAGUGAAUGUGGGGGUGGCAGCAGGGUUGCUGGGGCUCAUGGCUGUGCUGACCCUGGUUAUCUGGAGACAGCCCCAGAGUGGCGCCCAUCUGCAUUUCAGGGUCCCGUUCCUGCCUGUCCUGCCCUUGUUCAGCAUCUUUGUGAAUGUCUACCUCAUGAUGCAGAUGACCGCUGCCACCUGGACCCGGUUUGGGAUAUGGAUGGUGAUUGGAUUUACCAUCUAUUUUGGAUAUGGGAUCCGGCACAGCUUGAAGGAUGAGCCGGCCUCCAGCCCGCAGCCUACCCAGGACCACCCCAGUGCCGCACUGGUGUAG